AUGCCGGUCAAAAUUUAUCAUGACGAUGAUGCUGAUGUGAAUAUUGUGCGUAGUAAAACUGUUGCAUUCAUUGGUUAUGGAAAUCAAGGUCGUGCCCAGGCAUUAAAUUUACGUGAUAGUGGUGUGAAUAAUAUCGUUAUUGGCAAUAUUGAUGAUGAUUAUGCUAAACAAGCUAGUAAAGAUGGAUUUAAUCCAGUAAGUAUUGAAGAAGCAGCUCGUCAAGGUGAUAUUCUUAUGUUACUUAUUCCUGAUGAAGAUCAACAAACAGUUUGGAAUGAAAAAAUUCGUGGUAAUAUUAAACCAAAUACUACAUUAGUUGUUGCAAGUGGAUAUAAUGUUGCAUUUAAUUUACUUGAUAUACCUAAUGAUAUGGAUGUUGUUAUGGUUGCACCACGAAUGAUUGGUGCUGGUGUACGUGAUCGUUAUGUUCAAAACAUUCCAUAUCCAUGUUUUGUAUCUGUUGAAAAAGAUGUUAGUGGUACAGCUUUAGCUACAUGUCUUUCCAUUGCUUGUGCUAUUGGAGCAACACGAGGUAAUGGUGCUGUUGGUUCAUCAUGCCGUGAAGAAGCUGGUAUUGAUUUAUUUGCUGAACAAGCAAUUUGGCCUGAGAUUAUGGCAAUAUUUCGUGAAGGCUAUAAUGUUUUGCAUGAAGCUGGAUUUACUGAUGAAGCUAUUUUAUUUGAUAUGUAUUUAAGUAAAGAACCAGCUGAAAUAUUUGAACGUGCUGCUGAUGAAGGUUUUGUUAAACAAUUAAAAUAUCAUUCACGAACAAGUCAAUAUGGUCAAUUAUCAACAAUGAAUCGUCAUGAUGGAAAAGAAAUACGUGAAAAAUUUCGAAAAAUUCUACAUGAUAAUAUUUUAUCAGGAAAAUUUGCCGAAAAAUGGUCAAAUACAAAAUGGGCUGCAGAAGAAUUAGCUAAAGAAUGGAAAGAAGUUGAAAAGGCACCUAUUGCUCAAGCUGAUCAACGUAUGGAUAAAGAGGAACUAAUGACGAAGGAUAAUAUCCAACGAAUUAUUCUUGGUAUAGGACUAACUAUUUUUCUUCUGCUUGUUUUUCUUUUAUUUGGAAAAAUACAUCUUGUCUUCUUCGUUCUUCUAUUAGUAAUCAGUUAUAAAUUAACUGACUAUUAUGUAUUGAAAUUAAAUAAUUCUGAAACAUUUUUGACAUGUUGGCCAAAUUUAAUUGUGUUUUUUGAUGCAACUAAAAAUUUAAAAGAAGAACUUCUACGAAAACAAAAUGCAAAUUGUGUUUAUAUAAAAAAGAAUCCUUGGGUUCAUUUAAUGAUUUCUAAAGAAAUUGAUGCAGCCAUUACUAAAUUUUGUAGUUUAUGUCUUCGAGAUCAUAUAUACCCAUGGUUAUCAACGAUUACUCAAGAUGAUAGUCUUGUUCAUGAAACCAAACAUGUUUUUCGAUAUUUAUUAGCAACAGUUAUUCGUCGUUUACACAAUGUUGAUAUUAAUGCUUUUAUUACUGAACGACUUAUUCCAUUAAUAUUCCAAACCUGUGAUCGUUAUAUUCAUACCAAAGAAAUCCAUUCAGCAAAUGAUUCAAUUGAAUUUCUUCGAAAAAUGUAUAAAGAUGAUCUUCAUAUAGCAAUGUAUAAUCGACGAGAAGAAUUAAAAUAUUUAAAAAGUCUUAUGCUUAAUUUAAUGCCAAUCAUAGCACCAAAAUUUAUUUAUAAAUGUAAAGGUUCACGUCAUUUUUUAUGUGAAUUAUUUGUAUGUCAAAUAUUAAUUGAUGGUAUUGAUGCUAUUUGUCAACCGGAUACAUUAAAUCGUUUAUUUCAUCUUUAUUUUACAACUGCUAUUGAACGUCGACAAAAAAAUAAUAUUAAAAUACAAAUAACAAAUGAAUCAAAUACAUAUGUUGAAAUUCUAUCACAUUUUUGUGCAAUGAAUGGAUCAAUACAUAAAAAUAAAUUAGCUUUAGACUUAACUGAUGUUAUGUAUGAAAAAGAAUUAAUGAAUCAAUUUAGUCGUGUACUUGAUCGUCAUGGUUCACUUGGUUUAUUAAGUAUUUAUUUAACAUUAACAGAUAUUUUAAAUGAUAUUCCAAUAGCAACAGAUAUAUUAGUAAGAAAAAAAAUUUAUCAACGUUUAAAACGUCUUGAUGAACGUUAUUUAAGUCCAUUAACUUCUGAAACAUCUAUUAUUAUUAGUAAUCCAUAUAAUAAUGAAGAUACACUUAUAGAUGAAAUAAAAUAUUUAAUUUAUCAUGAUUUAGAAGAAAGUAUUAAGGAUGAGAAUGAAAAAAAGUCACAUGAUUUUAAAAAACCAUUUAAUAUUCAACAAACAUUUACAUUAUUAUCAAGAUUUCAUUGUAAAAUUUAUGAAUUAAUUGAAGAAAAAUAUCAACGAAAUUUUUUAACAAGUGAUGAACAUUUUUUUUAUAUAUGUGGUAGACGUAUGGAUUCACCCGAUUAUCGUAAUUUGAAACAAAAUAGUCUUAGUUUUGAUGAAAUUACAUCAGAUUUUGUACAUAUUGAAGAGAUCAGAAAUACACAUGAAAAUACUAAUCAAUAUAGUGCAUCACAUCGUUAUACAACAACUUCAUAUCAAGAAAUGGAAGAAAAAGAUAAUUUAUAUCUUAAAUGCCCAGAAGAUACAGCAAGUAUUUCUAGUAAUAGUGUAGACGAAAGAGAUAUGAGUACAUGGCGUAUUCAUAUUAGUCAUGCUGAAGAAUUCCGUGAAAGUUUGAAUUCUAAUUCUAAAUAUUGUGCAUUGAUGAUUGAAGUUCAACGAUUGGAUGCAAAUAAUGAUAAUCCAUUAAUUAAUGAUGAAGAAAAACCUCAUAGAGUAGUUGCAAGACGUUAUCAAGAUUUUUAUUUAUUAGAACAAAAAUUAACUGAAUUUCAUGGAAUUUUUUAUGAUGCUCGUUUACCAUCUCGACGAUCAGCAGCAACAGCACGAAGUCUUGAAUUUCUUGAAUCAAUUAAACAUGAGUUUGAACAUUUUUUACGACAUUUAUUAUCCAAGCCAACAUUACGUAAUAGUGAAUUAUUAUUUAAUUUUCUAACACAACCAGAUGAUUUUACUUUACCUAAUGGUGAAAUUAUUCUAGCUAAAAUGUUCAAAGUUGUUCCACGUCGAUUACGUAUUGAGAAAGGACAAUCUCUUGAACCAUUUCUUAUAUCAUUAUUAAAUUAUGCUGAACCAGCUAAAUCAAAAGCAACACAACCAAGUCCUGUGUUUAAUGAUAUUAUUGAAGAAAAACUGCAAAAUUCCAUUUAUGGAAAUAAUGCAAAUAUUACUGAACCAUUUUUUGAACCCAUAAUAGAAGAACCUAUGAAUCCAUGUCAAGAAGAACUUGAUAGUACUUAUGAUUAUUUAAUUUUUAUAGCUAAAAAAAUUUUUUCUGCAUCACCAUUAUUAAUUCAUUUAUUGAAUUUAUUUCGUGUACCAUUGAAAAAUACAUUUGAUACAUUCUUUUCAUAUUUUAUCGAAAAUAGAAUGGAUGAUAUAUUAAAUGAUGAAGAAAACAUUAUUCUUGUUAUUCAGGCUCUUCAAGAUACUAUUUUUCCUAACGAUGCAGAAGAUAAAGAAUCAACUGAUCUGGUGAAUUUUGAAGAUGUUGUUGCAGUAGCUGAACAAUUUAUGCCAAAUGUGAUCAAACUUAUUUUCGGUGAAUCUAAUGUACAGCAUGGUUUACAAAUUCUUUUAGAACAUUUCCAAGAUCCAUUACUGAACAAACAAUUAUUUUAUAUGCUUCUUGAUGAAAUUCUUUUUCAACUUUUUCCUGAAUUACAAUCACAUUCCGAAAUGUCAAGAACCAAUACAAUAACAAAAACAGAAUGA